AUGGCCACCUCGACUGGCACCGGGUGGGCUCAGCUCCGGCAGCAGGCCCGCUCACUGGAAACCCAGACCGAAACCCUCUUCCACUCCUACGCCCAAUAUGCAUCCAUGACCAAACUCCCCCCGACACCAUCAGAAGAUGAACUCCGCGUGGAAUCGCAACUGAAAGAACUCCUCGAAAAGCGCACAUCCCUAAUCUCCCAACUCGCCCGCCUCCUCGACUCCGAAGCAACGCUAACCUCCUCGGCCCUAAAACAAAACAACCUCGCCCGCCACCGCGAAGUCCUCUCCGACCACCGCCGCGAGCUCUCCCGCCUCUCCGCCGCAAUCACCGAGUCCCGCGACCGCGCCAACCUCCUCUCCAACGUCCGCUCCGACAUCAACGCCUACCACGCUUCCAACCCCGCCGCCGCAGAGGCCGACUACAUGCUCGAGGAGCGCGGCCGCAUCGACAGCAGCCAUAACGUCAUCGACGGCGUCCUGAGCCAGGCGUAUGCCAUCAAUGAGAACUUCGGGUUGCAGCGCGAGACCCUGGCGAGUAUUAAUCGGCGGAUUGUCGGUGCCGCGGGCCAGGUGCCGGGUAUGAAUGCGUUGAUGGGGAAGAUUGGGUCGAAGAGGAGGAGGGAUGCGUUGAUUCUGGGGGCGUUUAUUGGGGUUUGUUUUUUGAUGUUGUUGUUUUUGAGAUGA